AUGCCGGGUGUUCCUGAGGCUGCCCUGUACCCCUUGGCAUCCCACAAUGGUUCCAAAUUAAAGCCAUCAGUGCUCUGGCUGACUGGGAUUCCGGGUAUGGAAUCCAACCUCGUCUUCGUCUCCAUCCCAUUAUGCUCCAUCUAUCUCAUUUCUGUUCUGGGGAACUCUGUUAUUCUUUUUGUCAUCAAAACAGACCGAAGCCUCCACCAGCCCAUGUACAUUUUCCUCUCCAUGCUGGCCAUCACAGAUCUCGGGUUAUCCAUCUCCACCAUGCCAACCAUGCUAGGCGUCUUUUGGUUCAAUGCCAGGAGUAUCACCUUUCGUGCCUGUUUCGCCCAGCUCUUCUUCAUCCACUCCCUCUCAUUUGUGGAGUCCUCAGUGCUCUUGGCCAUGGCUUUUGAUCGCGUCGUGGCCAUCCGCAGCCCCCUCAGAUAUGCCUCCAUCUUGACCAUGUCAAGAAUAAGGAAGAUGGGACUGGCAUUUGUGGUCAGAGGUGUGGCCUUGAUCUUCCCCUUGCCCUUCCUUCUCAGAAGGCAUCAGUACUGUCGAGUCAACCUCCUCUUCCACUCCUACUGUCUUCACCAGGAGGUGAUGAAGCUGGCCUGCUCGGACAUCACCGUCAACAGCAUUUAUGGCAUGUUUGUCAUUGUCUCCACAGUGGGGGUGGACUCACUCCUUAUCCUGUUCUCUUACUUUGUGAUCCUCAAGACUGUGUUGGGCAUCACUUCAUGGGCAGACCGCCUCAAAGCCCUCAGCACUUGUGGCUCUCAUAUCUGUGCAGUCCUGCUUUUCUACACACCAAUGAUUGGCUUGUCUGUGAUACACAGGUUUGGGAACGACUCCCCUCUCCUUGUCCGCAUUUUUAUGGGCUAUGUUUACCUGCUGGUGCCGCCCCUCAUGAAUCCCAUUGUGUACAGUGUAAAAACCAAGCAAAUCCGAGCCAGGAUAAUCCAAAUAUUCUUCAAGUGGUACACCAAUGCCAGGAACUUCUGUUCUUAA